AUGCGGAACAUCUUGAUCGAGUUCUCAUCUGCACCCGGUAGAACUCAAGGGGGUCUAUGUGUCUCAGAAAACCUUACAGCCGCACAGUUUCUGGAUAUGUUAGAUGUUGUGUUUUCAUCGCCAGGCGGAUUUCAGACUCGGUUCCACGACUCAAUGGUACCCCUGGAAGCUAGCAACAAAUCUAUUGCACAUGGCCUUUGCAUUCUUAACCCAAACGAGCGAGGGGCCCAAAUACUCACGAGUGAUGAGCCUUACUACGUGCGUCCUCUCUCAGUACCAGACGAGACGGAAAGGAAGACCUUCCGCGAUCAGGUCAGACAGCGAGAUGGCCGGUGUGUCAUAACUGGCCAAAUCAACCUCGAAGCACACAAUGGAAUUCUACUUCGUAAAGACAUUCAUCAAUUAUGGGACGAUUAUUCGAUCGCCGUGAGCCCGAACGAUGGUUACAGAAUUCAAGGCUUCCUACCAGGUGCGUGGGAGUACCAUGGGACGGUCCUUGACCCUGUAUGCCGACAGCCAGGCAAUCAGUUGAGUGUGGUUGAUGGACUGUUACAGUGGCACUAUGAGCAAGCUGUGCUGUGCAAUAUGCGUGGAGAUGGGGGGCCAUCGUUUGAAUUCGACUUUCCAGCAGGAACAGAUAUGAUGGGAGGAAUUAGGAAAGACCCAGCACCAGGUGAACGAAUGGAGGCAGAGCUGUUUGCCAGGUAUCCAAAAAUCUUGGAUAGAGAAAUAGUUGAAUCAUAUAAUCUACAGCCUGCCAAGCAGAUGUAG